AUGUCGAACCAAUUAGACCACUAUGCCGACCAGCCCGAGCCGACGACGCGACCGGUGGGCAGAACCGAGUACAGCUGGUGCAAAGCCGUCCCCGCCGGAACCGGCAUCACGAUCCUAGCCCUUCUCCUCUCCAAACCCCCGGACAUACCAAUUCUCCACAAUGCCAUCCACAAGCUCCAGAACUCGCACCCGAUCCUCCGCUCCAAGCUCCACCUCGACACCGCCGCCAACACCUUCUCUUUGGUCACACAGCCGUCACCUCACCUCCAAAUCCAGCAGUUCGAUCUCUCCUCCACCGCCGACAUUAUCAACAACGCUGGUGACAAAAUCGAAAAGUUCUCGAUCCCCGUGCACCAGCUGGUCAUCGAGCACGAGAUGAACAAGAAUCCUUGGAUCACCGAGCCAAACGUCCCCGACCUAUUCUUCACGAGCUCGAACACCCUGAGCGAGACACAGUGGCUCCUAGCGCUCCGGCUGCACACUGGGCGUGCGAUAGGUCCUCCGCGGUGGCUCUGCUGGCGGAGCUACUGA